GUUUCCCUGCUAGAAUACAGGAAACGUCAGCGCGAAGCUCGUCGCAGCGGCUCCAAGACCGAGUGCAGCUCUCCUGUUUCCACCGUGCCCCCUCUGAGCGUGGACGCCUUCCCCGUUGUUGCGCUGGAGACCGCCAGCGAACCUUCUCUUCCCCCCGCUCCCACUCCUCUCUGCAACACCAACAGCGUCGUCGUGAAAGAGCCGCAGACAAGUGAGGAGGCAGAGGCGCCUGGAGAGAAAGGAGAGAAGGAAGGAGGAGAGGGACAGUGGACGUCGUCCACUUCUGUCGAGCAGGCCCGAGAACGCAGCUACCACAGAGCUCUGCUGCUCAGCAAAGACAAAGACACAGAUGGUGAGACAGACGGUGGCGAUACACCUGCACUGAGAGACUGUCCGUCUCCAAGUCUUCAAAAGACCCCAACCCACACACCGUGCUCUCCUGGUCCCCUCGCCCAGCCUCCCAGCCGACCAGCGAAGGAGGAAGACGCCGACAGUCAGCCUCGGACGCCAAAUCCGACCAGCCAGCCGCCAAGCAAGCCUGCAGUACCUAAGCCGGCUCCUCUGACCCCCACCAAGCUGCAUCCCACCCCGUUACCCUCCUCACCCGUGCACUAUCCCGGAUCCUCCCUCCUCCACUCGCCCAAGCCUCAGCCUCAGGGCUCUCCCUACCGCAGCCAGAGGGCGCUGUUCUCCGCACAGCCUCAGAACCAACCCCAGCCCCAGGCGCAGACUGGCCCCGCUCCUUUCACCCAGUAUAACACACAGAGUGCUCCACCACCACCUCCCCCUCCUCCCCCAGCACCACCAGUGUCCUCAGCGUACUUCCCCAGUCAGAGCCCGUCACCGGCCGGACCUUUUCCUGGGUUCAAACCUGCCGUCACGCCCCCGUACCCUCCUGGUUCUCAGCCCCUGAUGCAGACUAUUCCCCACAGCGUGCACUAUCAGAGCUCCGCUGCUCCACCACCUCCUCCUCCUCCACCCCCACACCAGAUGCCCGGCCCCACCCUGCUGCACGUAAACCUGCAACCUCCUCCCAUCCAGCAGCACCAGCUCAUGCUGAACACCGCCCCUCCUCCGCCUCCUCCCCCACAGGGCCAGACCUCCCAGCAGCAGCAGCAGCAGCCGCCUCCUGCUGGCAGCACCCUGCUGUCGCUCACCCCUCCUCCACCUCCUCCUCCGCCUCCCCCAGCCCCCUCGACCAACGCCCCGAUGCAGCCCCACCACUUUCAGAACUUAGGGGCUUUUCAGCCGGCGUUGCUGCACCCAGGUGCCACCGCCAACCCUUCAGUGCCCCCAUCGACGUACCCCCCGCCCCUUCAGCAGACUGGACUGCCUCCACCUCCCCCUCCUCCCCCCCAACAGACUCAACAAGGCCAGGCCCAGGCCGCCGCCUCCCAGAUGCCUUCUGGGACUCGUGGAGCUCCUGCGUCCUCGACCCCCUUCCACAGCUCGGGGUACCUGAGCACAGGGUGGCACUGACCACUCUCUCCGCUGUCGGGCCCCUCCCUCCGGCAGCCCCCUGAGAACUCGGCCUGAGAGGGGUGUGUAUCAUAAGCUGUAGAUAUGUUUUCUAUGUACCUGAACACAUGGCCAGUGGAAAAACAGCUGAUUGUGGGAUGAAAGGAUGCUUUUUAAAAAAAAAAUACAAAAAAAAAACAAGGACAGAAAAUUUUAGAAAAAAGGA